CGAAUCCGCCUUCCCCGUGUCCUCCUCCCCCGCCGCCCACCGCGCCGCCCUGCCCAUGCUGUGUCUUUGCGCGGGCGCGGUUCGCAGUCCGCCCUCCCUGGCAUGAGCUCCGUCCUGAAGGGCUUCCAGGUGGGCAGGGCGGGCGAGACGAGGUGUCCGCCUGGUAAUCCUUGCACUGAGUGGCACACGUACUGCAGGAGAAAUGGGCAAGAAGACAAUGGAGUGAAGGAGAAGACUGUAGCAGCGGGACUGCAGCAAGGUCCAUUGGGCCACUGCGUGUGUUGAGGAUGACAUUAGGAACAGAAAUUACUAGCCAGCUUAAGGCUUCUUCAUACAUAGCAUCAGGCCGAAACCUUUUGAGAUGGGACCUGUCACCAGAGGAAAUUAGAACACGAACAGAAGAACUUAUCAGGAAGACAAAGCAUGUCUAUGACAGAGUCGGGAUGCUUGAUAUUGAAGAAGUAACACAUGAAAAUACUGUACGGGCUUUGGCAGACAUAGAAGUGGAAUACGCAGUGGAAAGAAGCAUGUUGGAUUUUCCCCAGCACAUUUCACCUGACAAAGAGGUACGCUUAGCAAGUACAGAAGCUGACAAAAAGCUUUCUAAUUUCGAUGUGGAGAUGAGCAUGAGAGAAGAUGUGUUUCAGAAGAUUGUUUAUUUACAGCAAAACUGCAAUCUUGAAAAUGUAAAGCCUGAAACAAAGCGAUAUCUAGAGAAAUCAGUCCAAGUGGGCAAAAGAAAUGGACUCCAUCUUCCUAAAGAAGUACUGAAUGAAAUAAAGACAAUGAAGAAAAAAUUGAAUGAGCUGUGUAUAGACUUUAACAAAAACCUGAAUGAGGACAACACAUUUCUUGUAUUUCCUAGGGAAGAACUUGAUGGCCUUCCUGAUGACUUUAUUAAUAGUUUAGAGAAGACUGAGGAAGACAAAUAUAAAGUAACCUUGAAAUAUCCCCACUAUUUUCCUGUUAUGAAGAAGUGCUGCAUUUCAGAAACAAGGAGAAAAAUGGAAUUUGCCUUUAACUCGAGAUGCAAAGAGGAGAACACAAAAAUUCUUCAGCAAUUGCUUCCACUACGGGCAAAAGUAGCAGAGCUUCUUGGUUAUAAUACACAUGCCAACUUUGUCCUGGAGGUAAACACUGCAAAGAGCACAGAUAAUGUAACAACCUUCUUAGAUGAUUUGAGUAAGAAGCUAAAGCCACUGGUUGAAGAAGAAAGAGAAUUCAUUCUAGAUUUGAAGAAAAAGGAGUGUCAAGAAAGAAACUUUGAUUAUGAUGGAAGAAUCAAUGCAUGGGAUCUUCAUUAUUAUAUGAACAAAACUGAAGAGCUGAAGUACUCUAUAGAUCAAGAAAAACUGAAGGAAUACUUCCCAAUUGAGGCUGUUACAGAAGGCUUACUGAAUAUUUACCAGGAGCUGCUGGGACUUGUAUUUGAGCAAGUAGAAAGUGCUCAUGUUUGGCAUGACAGUGUUACUCUUUAUGCAGUAAAGGAUAAAUCAACAGGAGAAAUGUUAGGGCAGUUCUAUUUGGAUCUUUACCCCAGAGAGGGAAAGUACGGGCAUGCAGCAUGCUUUGGUCUACAGCCUGGCUGUCUCCUUUCUGAUGGCAGCAGAUUGAUGUCUGUUGCUGCUCUGGUAACCAACUUCACAAAACCAGCAUUGGAUCGUCCAUCAUUACUGCGACAUGAUGAAGUAAAGACUUACUUCCAUGAAUUUGGUCACGUAAUGCAUCAGAUAUGUGCACAGACUGAUUUUGCUAGGUUUAGUGGAACUAACGUGGAAACAGAUUUUGUAGAGGUACCUUCACAAAUGUUUGAAAACUGGGUGUGGCAGAAAGAGCCACUACAGCAAAUGUCAAGACAUUAUAAAGAUGAAACCCAUGUUGGAGACACUCUCCUUGAGAAACUUGCUGCCUCUAGACUGGCUAAUUCAGGCCUUUUAACCCUCCGUCAGAUUGUUUUGAGCAAAGUUGACCAGGCACUGCAUACAAAGCUAUCUGUUGACCCAGCGGAUGAAUAUGCUAAAUACUGUAUGGAGAUUCUAGGAAUUCCUGCCACUCCAGGAACAAACAUGCCAGCUACUUUUGGACAUCUGGCAGGUGGUUAUGAUGGUCAGUACUAUGGAUACCUGUGGAGUGAAGUGUUUUCCAUGGAUAUCUUUUAUAGCUGCUUUAAGCAAGAGGGAAUAAUGAAUCCAAAGGCUGGGAUGAAAUACAGAAACCUUAUUUUGAAACCUGGAGGAUCUUUGGAUGGAAUGGAUAUGCUGCAAAAUUUCUUGGGGCGUAAACCAAGCCAAAGAGCUUUCUUAUUGAAGACAGCCAGAAUAAUUCAGGGAACAUUUUCCUCACUGAAAUCAGCCUGGGGAGCAUAUUCAGCAUGAAGAACUUCAGCUCAAACUGUUACAGUUCAGCAAAUUUAAAAGAAAUUGAAAACAGGUCAUUAUAAUAGGACUUGUUGGGCAGCCUAACUUGCAGUCAGGUCUGCAAGCCCAAACUAUAGUUUACUACAUGUAGAAAGUAACUUCGCAGUUUAGGUGAGAGUUCAUAAAAGUAGGUGAGAAGGAGGUUUUUGGAAUGGUUUAUCAGAGUUGGUACUGGUUGAAAUGUUUUAAUAUUUUUAAUUGGAGCUUUGGAUUUCAGUAUAAUCUUUUUUUCUCAACAUUUAUUUCAUGAGAUUUUCUGUAUAAUUUAGAUUUUGGUCAGUGGUAGAACUUGAAAAAUUCCUGACAUAUUAACUGAGAACUAUUCGCUGAAAUAUUAAUGGAGAAAAUUAUUAAUUUUUUUCAUUGAGAUGCUUACAGACAUAUUGCUUUCCAUAAAAACCAGAUUUUUGUAAUAGAAUGGCCAGGUUUAGAGUUUAACAUGAAUAAGAUGUGUUUUCAGGUAGCUGUUGGAUGGAAAUGAAUCCUCAGCAGGGAUUCUCUGAUACAGGUCUGCUAAAAGCCAGUGGAGCUUUGUUAAGUCAGCUGUCUGCUCAGCAUGAAUUUACAGAAUAAAUGAACUGUGAGGUUCACCAAAUAUUUAAAUGUCUGCUAAGGUAACUUUAAUAAGAGAAAAUAUCUCUGUGUAAGGGAUAGAUUUAUUUCAGCCAUCCUAUUAAUAUUAAUAAUUAAUAUGUGUUGUACUACCUCUGUGUUCUCAUUUAGACCUGAAAUCUCACAGUGUGGGAAGAGCUGUAAAGCUAAAGCCUGAAGGACAGUAUCAAGACAGUUAUUUCAAACAAUAGUAUGUUCAAAAACAGUGGUAUGGCAUCAAAGCCAGAGUUGUGAAUUACUGGUGAGAAGAAUUACUGACAAGGCUGCUGCUGCAAGUGAAAUGGGCUGGAUAUCUAUGUGGCUGCUCCUCUGUGUCUAACACCUGGAGACGUGGAUAAAAGGAUGACACACAAAUGUAGAUGUCACAGACUAAGAAAGGAUCAAAGGGCAGGAAAGCAACUUGCCAAAUGACAACAGUGUGUAUGUGCUGUGUAUGUAUGGAAGAUGUGUUGAAACUAAAAGUGGGACAACACUUGUGUGGGUAGUAAUUGUAGGACCAAACAAGAAGGUGAUUAUAAUCUUCAGCUUCAGAGUUAAUUCUUCCUUGAUAGUCAAAUCUGAUAUGAUACUUUAACUUUUGCAAGUGGGAACAUGAAAAGAUAUAAUUCAUAUCAAGAUUAUGAAUUAGAGUAAAUGAGAUAUUGGUAAGACAACUGUCUGUUUAUAAACAGGAUAUAAAUAACAGAUUGAGGUUAAAAAUAUUUAUUGCUAUGGGAGGAUGGAGGAAGGGAAUACAACUUUAUCCAAAUACUUGUUUCGUUUCCAGAUAUAUAGUAAGAUCUUUAAUCUUAUUUAUGCUGGUGUAAUGUAAUACAUCAAAAAACCUUCUCCAAUUGUUCCAGGGGCACUGAAUCAUAACAGCUCUGGGUUGUCCAGUGUGAUUAAAGGAAGGUAGAAAUAGUUCUGUUCUUGCUGCCAAAAAUCUUGCUGAGAUUUAUUGAUGGAGUUUGUGGUGCCAAGAAUGCCAUGCCAAGUGCUCUGCUGCAGGAAGGCAAGUAGCCUCACUAAGUUAUUUCAUAGAAUGGUUUGCCAGGUUGGUCACAGCAAAUAAAAAAGACAUGAAUUCUGAAAUCUGUGUUUUCUUAUUGUUAGGACUCCUCUUUUGCAUAUUUGUCUGAUAGACACAUAUUUUGAAUUUUCUUUUGCAGUUCUUCCUAUUUCACAGGAUAGAUAGUUAUACUACUAAUUAAACCAAAGUAAGGUCUUCAUAUCCUUCACUCAGUGCAUGUAAUCUUGAAUUUUCAAGUACACUCCGUGAUUUAGUUGUCUGGUUUUAAAUUAUAAGUAGAAAUAUAGUGUAAUGGUAUCUUUUUAAAAAUCAGAUUUAGGUUAGCCUGUCAUUUGGGACUGUGUUUUAGUACCACCAGUAUAGUUGCUAUAUAGAUUAUUUAUUUCAGAUAGGGAGCCUAAAAUUAUGAAUAGUUACACUUCUGUAUUGUCUUGCAUUAGUUAUUUCAAAAGUAUCACUGAAACUAUGAUUCUACCAUGCUUCAAAAGUAUGGGGAUGUUAAUAAGCAGCAAUUACAAAAGAUUACUAUUAGCUGCUCACAGUAUAAAUAUUUCUUCAUGAUGCUGACAUGUGAGUGCCUGUAAAAGACGAGUGCUCCACUCUGCACUUCAGAAUGCACACAAAAAGAUUUCCCACUUCUUUCUCACUGAAGAGACGACUCGCUUUUUCAGUGUGAGCAAUAGUAGUAGCCUACCAGUCUGUCAUGCCAUGUGCAUGUGUUUGUGCUUUGAUUUGAGAAAUUGCUCUUGCAGUUUUUCCUGUUGGUUUGGCUGAACUGAACAAUGCUCUGUUGGGAGCAACGCAUGAUAGCGGGUGCCAGAGGCAUGAUCCUGAUCCCAUUUUAGUCAGUAAGAAUUUCACUACAGAAACUGAGGCUGGAUAAGGCCUUUUGUGUGAAUAAGUUCAGCCCAGUAAGUAGUUUCUUAUCCUAUAGUUAAGAAAGCUGCUCAUAAAGAUGCUGCUCUCAGCAGAUAUUUAUAAAUACAGGAUUUAAUAAUAUGGAAGCCAGACAUGCAAAUUUGAAUUUUUUUUGCAAAUCUGCAUAAGAACAUUCUAGACUGUGAGCUCAGACUUCUUAUGCCUCAGACAUCUCUAUUGCGAGCCUAACUUCACAAGAAGGUAGAUUGUCCUGAACAGAAUGCAAUGCAAAGGCACUUCCCAGUGUGCUAAAUGGCAAUUUGGGCAGUCCUGCUGUGCUGUGCCAUGUAGACUGUCCUGACACAGGCAUGGAUCCCAUAGGGAAAAGAAGAAAAGAGGUGGUCAUGUAAUUGAAGACUAUAUCAUAAAGCAAAGUAACCAGUGGGUGUAAUUAUGGUUGAACAUAAUUAUGCAUCUCCUAACCUUAUAUACUUUAAUUAUAGCACCUCCUAACUCUUUGUGUGCUUGCCUUGGAACUCAGUCUGGUGUAGCUGUGCUGGCCUACAAAACACACCAUGGUUGUGUGAGCUGUGUCCAUCUUACAGCUGAAGACAGUUACUUGGUUAAUGCAAGCAUCAGCGGAUUGUCUCUAAGCAUUUAACUUUUUAAAGCUAGUUAGUAAAGAAAUUUGGCAGUAGACUGUGAAGAAAGUAAAGCUCUUACUGAGGGCUUUGGCUGUCUUGUUUUUCUGGGGAAUGAAAGCUAUUCAGGAGGGCUCUGUAUACCAGCUGGGGAGCCCAGGAAUCUUGGAAGCUUCUUGGAGUGUCUGGAGCAGACAACAUCAUUUUGGAAAUUGUCCAAACCGUGUGUUGGAGCAAAACAGUGCCCAGCAGCCACAGUACCUCCUGACAGGACAGUCAGGUGGCAUGACAGGUUCCCUCCAGCAGUCUCUACAUGGGUGAUCUUCACAACUCUUGCCCCUACAUAUCUGUCCUUGCAGGAAAAACUCUUAGUCUUCUCUGAAACAAGCCAUGAUAAAAUGUGUGUCUUUCAUGUACACAAAUGACUCAAGGGUGCUGUCUUGUAAGGAAGCUGUCCAGCCAAGGGGAAAGCAGAGAAGCGUUCUACCCACAGCAAUGUUUUGCCCUUAAUGGAAGAAUUUGGCCUAACCCUCACACUCAUUUGAAAGCAUUUAACAGCGGUAGGCAGGGAGACAGACUACGACAAAUGCAUCUGGAUGAUAUAAUCUUCUGUCUCAGUCAUAUUUUGUUGAAUAACAGUAUCUUUGGAUCUCAGUGUCUUUACAAAAAAAACCUGCACUGAAAAAAUAGGAGAAAAUUACUUGAUAUCUUAAAGGGUCCUGAAAAUCCAGAUGCAUGAGAAAUAGCUGUACAACAAUACAUAGCUUAAAGCAACUUCCCUCUUCGCCCCCCCCCCCCCAUAAUUAUCUAACAAUGUGAAAGAUCACUGUGCUACCUCAGAUCACUGUUGAUGGGAACGGGAGGUACAAAGAUGCUUUAUUUGCUCUGCUGUGCAAUGACUGGACUGUGUGAUAAUGCUUAAGUAAUAAGACACUCCAAAGAGAACAGGUUGGGGGCUAUAGACGCACCACAAGCAGGACUGGCACAAAAGACAUCCCCAGGGACACAGCUUCAUUUCAGAUGGUUCUGUCUGGAGCUUGGCUCUGCUGCCCAGCCCUGUCCAAAGGCAGCCUAAGAGAAUAUUAUGAGAUGAAUAGAGGUAAUUGAUAUCUUUUUUUUUAAUUACAGUAUGUGUUUAGAGAUUGUAAAGAUCCACUAGUAAGCCAAGAAAUCUUCUACAAAAUUUUACUUACUAUCUUGCCCUAACUUUCUUCAGAGCAUUCACCAGUUUCUUAUGAAAGCGCAUCUUUUUCUGCCAGAUAAUCACAGCCAAAACCUUUCAGGCAGUAUCCAGCCAAAUGUUAAUGUUGUUAGAAACAGUAAUAAUUAUGCAAGCAGUCACUUCACUGGUCACUGAAGGUGAGUUCUGUAUUGAACCUGAAUACAAGCAGGCUAUUGUGGUUUUAGUGAAGAAGCGUGAAAUUGUACAAAAUUCCAAAAUUCCCUUCUGACCUCUAUAGUUAAAAAGGAGAUGAUGGUGACAAAACAGAGACCUUUGAAGGCUUUUGCCAUGUUGUAGAAAUGGGUGCAGAUCACAGUGUACUAAAUGAUGCACUCGCUGCCUGGAUGAAAGGUUUGUGCAUAGGGGGUAGGGGUAGUGCCACUCUGAGGAGCAUUUCUUUGUCUGAUGUACCUCAUUCAGACAGUGCCAGUGUAAUAAGAAACACUGCUACUUAGAUUUCCCCAUGAGGUUUCUUCCUCUCUGUGAUCUCAAACUUUGUUGCUAUAAUGACUUCUUUCCCCUCCUUCUCUUCUGCAAACUUCAUUGAGCCAUCAUUGGGAGCUUCUCUUCACAUAAGUGCCCUUUCUCUUGACUCUGAAUUAAUUAAGGGUGAAACUGGAACACUGACUCAUAGCAAAGGAGCCGAAUUCCUUUUUAGUAAUAGGCAAAGAAGGCCACAGGAACCCACUGCUUCCCUGCUGCAACAAUGCCUGCCUUUUGUGUGUCAUUCCCACAUUGAUCAUGUUAACUAAUGCCUCUUUAGACACUAAUUGCUGUAUUGAUGAGUCUGAAUUGGAUGGGUUUACUAUCUGGGGGCUUUUGGGGAGCCAAUCUCCAGAAAGGUGAAAGUGCUAAUUAUAUUCGAAAUUACUUUAAAGCUCUUAUCCUCCUUUUGCCAGCAUCCAUUCCCAUGGUAACAGGAGCAGGUACAGCAGCAUGCAGCCUAGCAGCGCUCAGAGCUCUUGGCUACAUCAGCAGUGGCUGUGGUUGGAAAGAUACUAUACAAACUGUGCAUACAGAUUUUCCGAGAUUCCAUAGGUUUCUUCACCACAAAUCUAAGUUAAAAUACCAAAAAAUGGUAUCCUAAAAAUGAAUUUCCUUCUUUAUGAACUGUAUUGGCUUUUUUAAGCUUUGAUUUUACCCUUAGGUGAGCUGGCAGGUCUUCUAAAGGCUAGUCUGCAGCCAGAGCGUCCAGGGGAUAUUCUGUCUGACUCAGCAACUGUCUUUUUUCCUGCAGCCCGCUGGGCUGAGAACAAUAGCUUUGCCACUACCUGACUCUUGGGCCUAGUCUGCUAGGCAAAUUUCAAAAAGGAAAUUCCCACCAGCACUUCGAGUGUGUCUGAAAUUGUAAACAGACUGUAUUUGGAAUGGUUUAUGUCACUGACUUGCAGUCAGCAUUAAACUUACUUAGGCUGCCAUCAGUUGCAGGAACUUCCUAUAUACUGAGGCUUUUAGCAUGUAAUUAUGAUAUUUCCCUCCACAUUGUAAAUGCGAAUCACUGAUGUUUUCUUUAUGAAGCAGCACAGAUUCCAGGCUGUGCUGAGCAAAGGCAAGCAUGACAUUUCCAUGCCCUGAAGUGAAGGUUCUAAAGUGAUCUCAGUGGAGUUGGAGCAAGAGAAAAUCUCAAGGUAUGCUGCUUUCUGUCUCAGUGAGCUUCACAGCUCAAAACCAGCUCCAGCAAGAACACUUCAACCGUGCUCAUCAACAACUCACUUCUAUAGAGAGUGUUAGGCUUUACAUAAAGGUUCCUCUAUAGGGUGUUUUUAAUUACAUCAUAAUUCAGUAAGGAUCAUAAGGAUUCUGUAGUAUAAAUUCCUUCUGGAAGUAUUAACAGCUAGGAAUAUUUUUUUUCUGUGAGUAGCACAGAUACAUUUUAAAAGAAAGUUCUUUCUCAGCUCCUACCUUUUUUUAUUUAAUCUAAAGAAAGUUUAUUCAAUCCUGCAGUUGAUACUAAAUUUCACUUCUGAGCAAGUCUGCUCUCUACAGCGAGAUUAUACCUAUCCUGUUUACUUAAAAGAAAUAAGAACAAUAGGGAAAUCAUAAAUAAUAUAUGGUGCCGUACAAUCUAAGGAGGAACUAGAUGAUUCUCAGCUUUGAGGAUCAGGGCACACACUUUAUUUAUUGAUGUCAAAUGUAGUACCUUAAAUAUUUGCAUGGUCUAUCAGGCAAGGGAAGUGAAGGGAAGGGAAGGAGAAGGAAAGGGGAAGGGGAAGGAAAGGGAAGCAAAGGAAAGGAAUAGAGUUUUUGAUGGCUAGCAAACUUGGGGGUAGGAGAAAGAUAAAGAGUUGUUGAUAAUGACAGUGCUGCUGUUAAUUUACUAACAAGUGACAUGGUUACUAACCACAAGUAGUCCCUGUAUUGGAGUGGUGGACAUGGUGGUUGCUGGGUUAACAGUUGGACUUGCUGAUCUUAGAGGUCUUUUCAAACCUUAAGGAUUCUAUGAUUUCCUUGGAUCCUUCCAGUUACAAAACCAAACCAUGUUAUUGAUUAUCAGAGUUCAAUAGAGUGUUUACGCAAAGACAACAGUGUGAGACUAAGACAUCUUGUGCCAUCCUCUUGUCCUCAUUUGGCUUAUUAUUGUUUUACUGAUGUCCUUAUACCUUUAUAUCUGGAGUUAAAGGCCCAUCAUGUUUCUCCUGUGUUUUUUAUUUGUCAUGUGGGACAUGUCUGUCUGAAAAAUAUUCCAGCCCAAUAGGAGUUGGAAUAAAGCAGAGGCUGGAUACUGCCUGAAAGUAGAAAAGAUGCCUGAAAGCAGAAAAAGAUGCGCUUUCAUAAGAAACUGGUGAGUGCUCUGAACAAAGUUAGUAAGUAAAAUUCUCUCCGUCAUAAUGCUUUAAAGACAUCUUCUGGGAAGAGAUACAUGGGAAAACCAAUUCUUAUAAAUCUCCUCUGCAUCUGACCAGACCUGCUACUGAGCCUGAUGUCCCAUCUCCGGAAAACUCAGAGAGUUCUCUGCAGUUGGAAAAGAUGCAGGCUAAAUGAGAGCAUAUAAUGUUUUACAUCCUGGCAGUGAGAUGGCUGUCAUCCAAAUUUUCCUCAGGGAGAAAUUUGGCAGAACUUUUUGACCCAUCACCUAGGGUAAACCAGGGAUAGCAUACUCGUAAAUGUCUACAAAAAGAAACAGCACAGUUAAGGAUGUUUACUUUAAUCAGGUUACACAGAAAUAACAAUGAUCUGAAAAACUGAAAGAAAAGCUGUUCUGAAUAUACAAUAGCAUGCUCUGCUCAUCUUCAAUUGCGUUCUGCAGGCUGGGCAAACAACUGGCGUCUGGAGAUGGGGAAUCUAAGAACACAGCAGGCCUGCAGACUGACGGGUCAGAGAAAAGGACUGUCCAGCUGGUCUGUGGGACACAUGAAAUUUACAUGCAGAAUGUCUAAUAAUUUGACUGACUUCAUUCUAAAUGUCUGUAUUUGAAAGCAGAACUCUUCUGAAGCAGAACUAGAGGAGACAGAAGGAAAAAGGUGGUAAAGCAGGAGGGAGAGCAGAGAAAAUUGUGUGAACAGCGAAUAUGAACGUGCUUUAGUGAAGAGGAAAAGCUUAUGGACAGGGUGGGAGAAGCUAGGACUAUUCCUAGCACAUGAUGCAAAUGGCUCAGAUUGAUACUUUGUAGAACCAUUUCCAUAUAUUGGCACUCAUGUUUAAAUACACUUUGCAGAAACAAAAUUAUGAAUGCUCUCUCUAAUAGCGUGUUCCAGUCAUACUGCAGCUUAUAUCUCACUGAAACACACUUCCCAUGUUUGGACUUGCCUUCAUUUGUACCUUCAGUAAUGAGGCCCUGGAGCUGUGCUCUGCUGACAACAAAACCAUUCACCUGGGCUGCUUCUGCCCUUGAGUUUGUCCCCACAUACUUCUAUUUAUACCCUUCAUGUGUCCUUGGCUGGAUGGCUUUUUGCACUUUUUAGAGGAAGCUGUGCAACCACCUGUUCUUAUUGACAAGCUAAAUUGGCAAAAUGUUUCUCAUAGGCCUGAGGCUGACUUAACAGGGAAGAAAACAGCAAAACACAAGCAUAUCGUGCCCUUCACCACCCCUGAGCAAUGAAGCACAGGGGUGCAAUGAAGCUCAGCCUGCUUACAAAAGCAGGCUUUUGUAAGGCAGGUGGCACAGCCAAAGUCCACACAGGGGCUGUGCCGGCCCUGGGAGUUCUGAAUGGCUUAAGAAAACAUGUAUGAUCACUUUUGCUGCUCUCCUGGUAAGCUAUUACCAUAAUGUUUAGAUGCCAUGAGCUUGCAAGUGUAGAAACUUAUCCGGUUUAUCAAGCUGAACUGUCUUUUAAAUUGAUUUAUCUCUUCUUGUUUCC